AUGGGGACAACACCUGGACACCUGCUGGAGGACGAGCCUGAGGUCUUGGAAACCAUCAAGGUGAACUGGGCAGUGGGAGCAGGGGGUGGCCCAGGGCUGAUGGCAGGGUCAAGACCUGGGAUAAGAGUGAGGAUCUCCUUGGGGAGGGGUAGGGAUGUGUCCAGUGCCCACGUGGGGCUCUGCAGCCCUUCCUGGACACCUCUUUUUCCGGGAGGAGAAUGGGGUCUGGUGGGAUGGGUGCCUGUAUGCCUGGGUCCCCUGCCUCCCCUCUCCUGUCCCCAGGCCUCACUGGCGGCCUUUGACGCAGCGCUGAGCUUCUCGCUGCAGCUGUGCGCGCUGUCCCCGCGCUCAGCAGCGCAGCCCCCCGGCCCCCACGUGCUGGUGCGGGGCGGCUGCGCGGCCGAGCCCGGCGUGGUUCUGGCGCCCCCUGAGCGGGCAGGGCUGGGGCCGGCCCGGGGCCGGGCGCUGCCCCCCGGCUGCCAGGAGCGCCGGCGCCUCAGUUUCCCCCUGCGCCCGCGCUCCAACCACUCCAUCCAGUUCCUGCACUGCCGCCUGGCCCUGUGCGCCCAGCGCCCCCGCGCCCACGGCCUGCCCCAGUGCCCGUCCCCGGGUGGGGCCUGUGACGUCAGCGCCGAGGAGGCGAUGGAGCUGGGCGGGGGGCGGGGCCAGCGCACCAUCACCAAGCCAAUCAUCGUCACCGUGGGCGGGCCGGGCCCCGCCCCCAGCUCUGCCCCCUGGUGGCGCCCGGUGAAGCUGCAGCGUCCAGCGGCGCCCCGGGCCCGCCCCGGGCCCCCGCCCAAGGCCCCCGCAGCCGCCCGGGGCCUGGAGCUGCCGGUCGUGGUGGCCAUCUCCUUCUCGGCCUUCGUCAUCGGGGUCUCCCUCGCGGGCGGCGUCUGGCUCCUGCACGGGCGCACGGGCCCCGCGGAGACGCCAGCUCGGAGCCCCCUGCCUGCGGCCCAGCCGGCCCCCCGGGCCUAGAAGCACCGGCCCCUGGCCAGGAGCCCCAUGGGGGCAGAACCAGCAGGAAGCAGCAGACGGAGCCACCCCUGAGCCUGGCCUGCCCCCCUCUAGCCCCCCCGCCCCCCGCGGGGCUCUCAGGCCCACCGUGCUAUAAAUUUGCCCAAUGGA